GGUUCUCAAGCAACACAAGUCAUUGCAUUUCUCAAGUAUCAGAAUUCAAAUAUUUCUUUCAUAUACAAUUAGUCCUUUGCACUAUUUGUUGUGUUGAGCAACAGAAUACAAUGGGUUUCCGCAUAGCAGGUAUUAUUAGACGGGCAUCAUUUUCUACAACCCAAGCAGCCUCCAAGAGGGUUGAAGUUCCCAAAGGCUAUCUUGCAGUUUAUGUUGGUGAUAAGAUGAGGCGGUUCAUGAUUCCAGUAUCAUACUUGAACCAACCUUCAUUUCAAGAAUUAUUAAAUCAAGCUGAAGAAGAAUUUGGAUAUGAUCAUCCAACUGGUGGUCUCACAAUUCCAUGUCAGGAGGAUGAGUUCCUAAAUCCAGAGAAAACAAUGGGUUUCCGCAUACCUGCUAUUAUCAGACAAGCAUCGCUAUCUACAACCCAAACAGCCUCCAAGAGGGUUGAAGUACAAAAAGGCUAUUUUGCAGUCUAUGUUGGAGAUAAGAUGAGGCGGUUCAUGAUUCCAGUAUCAUACUUGAACCAACCUUCAUUUCAAGAAUUAUUAAGUCAAGCAGAAGAAGAAUUUGGAUUUGAUCAGCCAACGGGUGGUCUCACAAUUCCAUGCAAGGAGGAUGAGUUCCUAAACAUCAUCGCUAACUUGAAUGAGCUGUAAAUCAUGCUAAUGCAGUCUGAGAUCGACUAGAUUAGGCAAAUUUGUACAGAAGGCAUAUUCGUUUAUCGUAAAGAUUUUCCAUUUUCUUGUAUAGUUCCAUUGGUAGUUGGAAUGUGUUCCCAAAUGAGAAUACAA